UACGGGGUUGGAGUGACAUGAGAAUGAAUGAAAUUUAAAUUUUUGUGUGAACUAACCUAUUAAUUGAUGAAAUGUUAUAGUAUAUUCUACCGCCUAGAAGUGGUACAAAUGCAUGUGCAACACUCUCUUUUUAGUUUAUUCUACAAACUACCUCUUACAUGUGAUUAAACAACCAUUUUAUGAUAGAAAUAUACAAUUAGAUAUCAGCAUUGCAUGUUUCCAUGUCUCCCACAUCUGUCUCAUAAAUCGAGAGUAAACUAUGACUUCCUGAGCUGAAAUACCUCUCCUGUGAUGCUUCAUGGCUGAAGUCAGAAUGAGGUCACUGUCGCUUUAAGAAGCAUCCUGCUGGAGAGCUUGCUCUUUGACUUCUGUGAGUGCCGCUCAGAUGCUGCUGAUGUGCACAGAAAGCGGACAGGAAUCUGAAAGAGUUCAGAUGUGAGAGGAACAUCACUGAAUCACUGAUUCACACAUGGCUGGAUCAUCUAACAUUAUUGUAUGAAGAUUAACUUUAUUUGUAAGGACUCCCCUUACAGUAGAUGGAGAAGGUUUAAGUCUGGUUUAGUCCAGCGGGGAACAGCUCUCCAUCAUGGAUCCACUCGACAAGCCUAGCAGAGAGAAGUUGAUCUUCUAUCUGACAAUGCCGCUGUCUUCGAUCAUCAUCUUCUCCAACCUCUUCAUCAUAAUAGGCAUUGCCUGCAACCGCCAGCUGCACAACACCCCAAAUUACUUCUUCUUAAGCCUGCUAGUGGCCGACUUGUGCACCGGCAUCACCCUGCCCUUCAUUCCCCUCAUGACGCUCGACCGGCAGCUGGAUUUCAAGCACUGCUUGGUGAUGUACAUCUUCCCCAACUUUCUGUUCUUGUCGUUCCUCUUCAAUCUGGUGAUGGUGCAUUACGAACGCUACCUGUGCAUCGUCAGCCCGCUCCAUCACAGCCAGUUCUGGGUUCACCGCUGCUUCCCAUUGGCUUUGUUGAUAGUUUGGUUCCCACCUUUGCUGUAUGCAUCACUUCCCGCCUUUGGAUGGAAUAAUUGGGUGGAACCCAAUUCCAACAAGCGCUCUGACUCAAACGAGACAUUCUUGAGAUCAACCACAUCUCAAAACUCCACCAAAGAGGAUGAAGUUUGCUCCUACAAACAGGUUUUUCCCAAGGCCUUCAUUUAUUUGGAGGUGUGCGGACUGGUGUUGCCGGCAAUGCUGUCCAUUGUAGCCAUGACGGGGCGGGUGUUGUGGAUCGCGCGCAAGCAGCUGCAGAACAUCUGUAAGCUUCACCGUGCCGUGGACCGUCUUCAGCAGCAGCAGCCAUCGGAUCACGAGCAGCAGCUUAACCUGCGCUACGCCAAAUGCGUGGCCGCCGUGUCCCUCACGUUCCUGGUCUGCUGGGUGCCAUACAUCAUCUACCAGCUCAUGUCCGUGACGGCUCUGCAGACUGGGGUGAGCUUGCCGAGCUCUUCUCUGUACAUCAUCAUGUCCUGUACGGGAAUUGGGAGCAUGGCCAUUAUUCCGCUCAUACUGGGACUGGCCAACAAGCAGUACACUGAACCCAUCAGCAGGCUGAUGCUUAAACUGAGAAACCGCUGGAGAGGUGGACAGAAUAACAGAGAUGUUAUUGAACAGGAUGUUUGAAUUGAAUGUAUAAAUGAAAGAUCUGUUGUGCAUUAAAUGCUUUAAUGCUUUGGAAAAAAGUCUCACCGAGGGUGCAUUUGUUUGAUCAAAAAUGCAUGAAAUAUUGUGAAAUAUUAUUAUAAUUUCAAAUAGCUGUUUUCCAUA